AUGCCUUCAAGAAAUAAGUAUUUAAAGCCCCCUGUAGUAAGCUAUGCUUUUACAAAGUUAUUACCAUCAGAGAUCCAUAAAGAUCGUGAGGUAAAGGGCAUACAGGAUCACACUAAAGUAUAUGCUACUUCUGCCUCUGCCUCUACUACUGCUGCUGCUGCCUCUGCUACGGCCACCUCCUUAGCUAUAUGGCAAUUUUAA